AUGCCGAUGUACUACAGUCCCCCCCAGACCCCAACCGCCCUCACCACCAAACCACGCUCUCCUUUCCUACCCCGCUCCCGCUCCCAUUCCUUCUCACACCCAUCCUCAUCUUCAUCCCCCUCCUCCAGCAGAAGCCGCAACACCAGCAGCAGCACCGGCAAAAGCACCAACACCCGCAGCAGCAGCAGCACCAGCGCUAGCAACAACACCAGCACCCACAGCCGUAGCACCUCCGCCACCACCACCUCCAACACCUCCACGACAUCCAAAUCCGCCCAUGGCCACAGCAAAACCCCAUACAUCUUCCUCGGCUCCAUAGCCGCCGCCUCCUAUCUCGCCCACACCUACUGGCCGCGCGGCUACCCCCAUGGCGAAAAAGAAGACUGGGAGCUCUCCGGCCUAGCACGACGAGCGCGGGAACGGCGCGCCGCUGAGAAGAGAGCGGAGAAAGCCCAGGCGAGGGCGGCGGAGCGGGGGAGAAAGGUUGAGAGGGAGGUUGCGGAGGGUAGUCAGGGGCGCGGGAAGGGCCGGGGGAGAAGUGCGAGUGUUGGGGGAGGAGGAGGAGGAGGAGGAAGAGGAGAAGUGUGUGAUUGUGGGUAUGCGGGGGAGCGUGGUGGGCGUUGUGAGAGGGAGGGAGAGCGGGGGGGUAUGAAAGAGGGGCAGGGCCAGCAGCGGGAGAUUGUGGAGGAGUAUUACCGGAGUAGACCGCAGCGGCGGGUGUCGUUUGCGGAUACUACCGCGGGGCCGGCUGCGAAGCGUGGGCCGUACGGUGGUGCUUACGGCGACGAGGGAUACCGCGCCCGUGAUGCCCAUGCUGGUACAUCAUCCCGUCGUAGUCGGAGCCAUACCCGCGAGCGCGAACAUGAGGGGAGAUAUGUCGAGUAUCACUCGGUUCCUAAGCGGUACGUCCUGGUCGACCCGGCGGAUAGAUGGACAACGAAUCCGGCAAGCUGGUCCUCGGGCUCGAUGUCUAGCUCAGGAUCCCGAGCGGCGGCGUCGGGGUAUGGGUUUGGACAUGGGGAGCAGAAAUUGGUCGUAGGACGGCAGAGGAGGGGGUCGGUGGGUGAGAAAGUGGUCUGGGAUGGGGGCUAUGACGGGAAAGAGUGGCGGUAA